AUGAAUCUUGUACAAGUGCGUCGAUGUAGCAAUGUCAACUGUCGUUCUCAACAGCAACAAAAUAUUGAUAAUACAAUGGUAUUUACACGAGCAGUUUAUCAAGUUGAUGCGACUAUUUUAUGUCAACUCGUAAAACAAAUUGAAACGAAUCGUUUAUCCAAAUCAUUUGCACAACUUCUUUAUCUUGCAACAGCAAGUCAAUUUGAAUUAGAUCGACAAAUUUGUUCAAUAACUAAUUGUGGACAUCAACAACGAAAUAUUUUAUUAUUAACUAAUGUUCCAGAUUUAAUUUCUAUUGCUAUUGAUUGGACUUUGUCUCAUUGUACAACAAGUGAUGUAGAAGAUCUUAUUUCAACUAUUGAUCCAUUUAUUAAUUUACAUGAAUUAUUUUAUGACGUGACUAUAAAUGAUGCUCGUAUUAAACAACUUAAUUUAAUUGGUCUUAUAUGUUUUUAUGGUGGUACAAUUGAAGUAUUUUUUUCCUAUGAUAAUACAACAUUGAAAUGGUUAUUUUGUUUUGAUGGAAAUAUUGUUGUAUUAAACGAUUGGACUGCUGUUACAAGAAAAUGUAUUGAUUUUCAUCUUCAACCAUUUCUUUUUAUUUAUGCAAAUCCUGAUCGAAAUCCAGUUGAUAUAAGUCAAUUACUUAAACGAACGGUGAUUCAAACGAAAACUACGAAUUUUAUACCUGACGAAAAACGAUUAGAACAAACUAUUUUAUCAAAUAAUUCAAAAAAUUCAAUGACAACAAAAAAACAAGACGAAUUUAAACAAGAAUCAUAUACAUUAGAAAAUCUUCAUAAUAUAUCAUCAUUUGCUACACUUAACUCAUCAAUGUUAUUUAUGCCGAAACCUACGACAGUAAAUAAUUCAUAUAUUAAUCAAGAAAAAGUUGUUAAAGUUAUGCAGCAACAAUUAUUAAAAAAAGAAACAUUAUCUGAUACAACAUCUAUAUCAUCAUCAUCAACAUCAUCACCAAUUGUUCAUAUUCGACAUCGAAAUUAUCCAAUAACAACACAACAACAACGUGAAGAUACAUCAUCAAGUGGAGAUUCAUCUGUAUCAUCACAACGUGAUUCAGGUUUAAGUAGUGGAAUAAAUGAUGAAUCAAGUGAUGGUAGUUCAAGAGAUAGUUUUAUUGAAAAUGAACAAACACUUAUGGAUAGUUUAAUUAAACAAACAGAACGUAUUAUGAAUGAUAGUCAUCUUGAUAUGUCAUAUAUAACAAUUGAGCAUUAUUUUGAAGAAUCAUUAAAAUAUGAAAGUGUAAGUAAUUAUUCUUCAGCAUUAGAGUCAUGUCAACAAGCUUUAUUGCUUAUUGAACAAAUUCUUAAUGUAAAUGAUAAUCAUAAUGAUGGUAUAUCAAUAUAUGCUCGUACAAAAAAGAACAGUUUAUUAUUAAGAAUACGUUCAUUACAAAAACGACAAGUCGAAGAACAAGAAAACUUAAAACAAUUUCAUCCAUCAACUAGUUCUUUAACGUCAACAUUUAAACCUUUAGAAAAAAAUUUAAAAAAAAAUGAACAUAUUUACGAUAAUAAUCUAUCAAGAAUAACAUCAAUACUUUCAUCAACAUCUAAAAUUUCACGUCCAAAAAAGAAUGUUAAAUUUUCUGAUAAUGUUGCAUUGAUUGUUCCAACAUGUGAUGAUACAGAUGAACCACCAUCAGAACAUUUAAUUCAUUCAUUUUUAAGGAAAAUUCAUCAACAACAAACAACAACACCAGAUUCUGAUUCCGAUACACCAUCAUUAUCAAAUGAUAUUCCAAUUGGUUUAAGUGAAUGUACACUUUGUCAUAAACGUUGCUCAAAAAGUAAUCAAGUUGGAACUUAUUGUUCUAAUUGUCAUUUUUAUAUGCAACGAUUUCAACCAAUGGCUUCUUAA